AUGCGGAGACGUGCCGAGACGGUGAAGACGCCAAAGCGCUUGCGCGCGCGUACGCACCAGAGCGAGACCUUGGAGAGCGCGCACUGCGGCGGCGGCCAGGUAGUGCAGGCGGCAGGCGGCAGGCAGCGUCAUGUUGAGCGCGCCCGCCAGCAGCACUCCGGCGGCCAGCGUGGCGCGGCCGCCCACCCGCUGCGCCAGCAGCCCGCCCGGCAGCUCCGUCAGCCAGUAGCUCCAGUAGAACGCGCCCAGCAGCACGCCAGACGCGUGCUCGGGCCACGCACGCUGCUCCUGCCAUGCAAUCCAGUAUUCCCGUUACUUUCAUCUUUAAUGUUGUUGACCAAGAAUACCCUAUUGUCAAAUUUUGCUAAAUACAAUCAUAUAAUUGCGCAAAAUAUUAAUUGUAUCGAGUCAGUAACCCUUGAAACUCUGUUUUCCGCCUCCCACUCAGAUGAUUGUCACACUUAUUUAACCCUUGAGCAAAGAAGAGGAUCAUUCCGUUACCUCUGUGCUGUUGGUGUCAGUCAUAGCGACGAUGGCAAAGUUAAGGUUAAGGCGAACCAUCUGGGUUACGAGAAACAUCAGGAAAGCCAUCACCCCAAGAACAAGCCGCGCAGGCACUGA